AUGGUGAAUUCACCAUCAAAAAAAAGGGCAUUGAAUACAUUAGAAGAUAAAAACGAAAAUAAAAACAUGGUUAGUAAAAAAAAUAAUACUGUUGAUACUGUAGAUGAUAUCGAAGAAGGCAACGAUAAUGUUGUAGGUGAAAAUAAGAAUGAAGUUUUUAAAAAAGAUAAAAGAAAGAAAAAAGAAAAAAAAAAUAAAGAUAUAGAAAAUGAAGAUGGUGAUGACGGAAACGACGAAGAUGCAUUAAAGAAAUUCUCUGUCGACACAAGCGAAAAUGACGACGAAGAGGGCAGAGAGGAUGAUGAAGAUGACGAUGAUGACGAUGAAGAUGACGAUGAAGACGAUGAUGAUGAAGAUGACGAUGAUGACGAUGACGACGAUGACGACGAUGACGACGAUGAUGAAGAUGAUGAUGACGAUGAUGACGAUGAUGAAGAAGAUGACGAUGAUGAAGAUGAUGAUGAUGAUGACGACGACGAUGAUGGGGAUGAUGAUGAUGAUGAUGACGACGAUGAAGAUUUUGAAGAUAUGGAUGAUGAUGAUGACGAUGACGAUGACGACGAUGAUGAAGACGAUGAUGAGGAUGAAGAUGAUGAAGAUGAUGAGGAUGAAGAUGAUGAAGAUGACGAUGAUUCUAAAAAGGAAGGUGAAUCAAAUGCAAAAAAAGAUAGUGAAGACGAAGGUUUUGACUAA